CAUUGGUUGGUACAUUUUGUAGAGAACACAGUCGAACCUCUACGAAACAGCCACCCUGGGGACAGACGAAAAUGGCCGUUGCAGAGAUGUCGCCGUUGUGAGGAGGUAGGGGUGUAAUAUGACGGGUUUUUUUUUCUUUCUUUUCGGGGAUUGCAACAUAAUGGUUAUUUUAACAUAUGAAUACGUAACACAUUUUCAAACAAAUAUCAGUGAAACAAAUACCAAACAAAAACAGAGACCAACGACGGGCGGUACGGAUCAAUUAAGUUUGUGACCUUUUACAAUAAAAAUGGCCAGGAGUUUUGUAUACACUGUCCAUUAUCAGUCAUUGAGUAACUGGCCGUCGUGGAAAAAAGACUUCUGUAGGGAGGCUGCAAUAAGAGUGGAUCUAAGGACCAAAAAAGGUUGUCGUUGCAGAGAGGUGGCCGGUAGUGCCGCUUCGACUGACUACAUAUAAUUAACUGCAAAACCCUGAACGGCUUUCUCCUUUACCCACCCUUACCCCUUUGCGUUUGCGCUAAUUUAAUUUCCCGCAGUUUUUAAUGCUCUCGGGCGCUCGACCAUCUUUCGAGAAAGUAAACAAGCUGUGAACAAACGGAUUAUGAAAAUGUCGUUUCUUGGUGUUGCAGAGCUCGGUGUGAUCACCAAAUGACGUGAAACAAAACAUUCAAAAGGCAAUAAACAAUGCCCAGACCAAAACAAUAGCUAACCAUGCAACAAUAGUUUCCAACUCCUGACCAAGAAUUUAAGGGUUUGGUAAUUACUAAUUAUUAACGGUUACACAAAUUAAACUACAAAGGUUCCACCGAAAAGUUAUUUUCAGUAAAUUUCAAACGAAUAACAAUGGCUAAAGCCUUUUAUGUCAGUUGUCCAUAAACAUGACUACAAAUGUCAGUUGUCAGUUAAAUUUUCGGGUAUUUGUCAGUUGUCAGUUAUUUUUUGUCAUCUAACCCUCAUUCAGACCCUCCAUUAAUAAGUCAAGCCGACAGGCUAAAGAUUAGACAACGAGUAGUCCCUCUUUUUAAAAUAAACCGCGAGGAAAAAAUGACCGCGUCAAAUACUGGGGACGAGACGCGCGUGCUAAUUGCCCCAGGAGUUCGCGCGGCCAUGUUUUCUUGCGGUUUUCUCUCGCGUCACGCACGACGGACUAAGCGAAAGAGGGACUACUCGUAGUCUAGUUAAAGAUUAGCGCACGCCUUGGUUAUGUGACGAUAGCCGGUAAAAUAUAGGUCGUUUUGGACUCGGAGUGGCUUGACACUGGCUGGCACUGAGCUGUGCAGACUUUGAUUUUUACCAACACAAGCUUGAUUUGGAAGAACUGUGACGAUAUUUUCGAGUUCUAGGGACCUUAAACUAAAUUAAGAGGGCCUUGCUUUUAAGUCAAACCUAGAGGCUAAAGAUUAGCGCAAGCCUUGGUUGUGUGGACUGUCAAUUAAAUAUAUGUCGGUUUGGACUUGGAGGGGCUCGACAACGGCUGAUACUGGGCUGCACAAACUUUGAUUUUCACCUAUAAAAGCUUGAUUCCGAAGAGCGUAGACGUUUGAGUUCUAGGGACUUGAAACUAAAUUGCAAAGGCAAGUCAAACCGACUACACGCGUUCGUUAUGAGUAUGAAUGUUACAAGGUAAGAAUGCUAUAUUGAACUUAGUGUUUCUAUAGCAACAAUACUGAUGUAAUUUUGAUCGAUUUCUCGCAAGACUGAUGAUACUCUCCCACUUCGAUAGGUGCCGAGAAAGCUUAAACAAUAUGAGAUUGAUUAUUUAUAUAUCAGCUCUUUGAGCUCGAAAAACAGCAGUUGAAAUUAAGCAGUAACAAUGUUUAAAAACAAAACUUAACGCACACAAUUUCAAAACUUACAAUGAAUUGGCAGCAUUCUGAUUGAAUGGUUUUAGUUGUCAGAAUUGACCAUUCAACUGUGUAGACGUGUAAUAUCAUAUAAACCAUCAUAUUAACUGCAUGGGCUGCUUUGAUCAGCACUGUUAACAGAACUAAAGUACAAGCGAUACAUUUAAGGGAUUUGUUUUUGCAGAGUGUGUCCACAACACAAAUUAUGUCAGGGGCCAUCACUGGCACUUUUACUGCUAUUCUAGAAGCGGCUUUUAAAGCUGUUAAAGGAGUCGCACAAUCAAACGAAGUGCCAUUCAAAACAGUUGUCGCCACACUGGUUUUGUACGGCGUCAACGAGUUCUUGGGCGACAUCGUAUUUUCGUGUCCCGAGGAAAAUUUUAAGGUAUACGGCAUCCUUUUUAUCCUUGGUCCGUCGAUUUUGCUGUUCUGUUUAGCGCUGUUAGCUUCCACUCCGUUUUGGCAAGCGGUAACAGGCUGUUGUUUGUUAAGAUGCCGUAGGAAGAAAUUGCUGUUCUUGAAGGCAAAGAACAGUCUGUUUGUAUCUUGUUUGCCGCCAGUUAUAUGGCUAGUGUACGCUUUUGUCGAAGAAGAUUAUUACGUUUGCGCCAAACUCGGACCUCUGGAUACAGCACUUGCCAAGGCAACCACAACCGCCCUGAAAGAUGCCGUGAAUAAAGAAUUCUCUCAAGCGAAGACUGCGUCGCAGUUUAUCGCAUGGGGCUUGAUUCUCGGACUUGUUAUUGUCUCCACAGUCUUCGUCACGGUUUAUCGCUUGUGUUUACCAGUUGACCCGAAACUACAAGGGAAGUAUGCUUUCCAAGAAUACGAAGCAGAGAAAGCCGUGACUCUUUUCAACGACAAAAUCAAACCACUUGCAGAGGCAGAUGCUGAACAGCUGAUCGAAAGUUUGUUCGAGAAGCACAAAGACAAGAAAGGCGAGGAACAAAUCAAAGCUAUCGAAGAGCAACUCAAGAAUUUGUUUCCGAGACACGCGGGAAAGUUGCACGCGCCUUUUCGCGCGCGGAAUAGUAGUAUAAAGCCAUAUACUGUUGAUUCCCCGUCUGCGGCUUCAGAAGAUAUGGAGAUGAAACCGAACGGUAUUACGAAUGCAACACAUUCGGGCUAAACUACAGAGUACGGGGCCACUAACGGGGACCGGCUCAUUGGAGAGCUAUUUAGGCAAAGCGGAGUGACGUUCAGGCUAUCCGGAGUGCUAUUCAAGUUAGCCAGAGCGUUCAUGAGACUGACUGGUUAAAAAAAAUGGCGCUCUGCCCGUUUACCCAUUUAACCACGCACUUAGCGAAAACGAGUUAAAUGCUUCGCGUUCACACUACCGUUUUCGGAGCUUUUCCCCGUCCAUACUUAAACGCUCGAAAACGCUGAUAUGGUAUGGAAAAAUACA